GCCUAGGAUUGGCAUUCAACCUUCAACCAGCUUUAACUAUGAUUGGAAAGUACUUUUACAAGAAGCGCCCCAUUGCCAAUGGUCUGGCAAUGGCUGGUAGCCCAGUGUUUCUGAGCACCUUGGCACCUCUGAAUCAGUACUUAGUUAAUGUCUUUGGAUGGCGAGGCAGUUUCUUCAUCCUAGGAGCAAUCCUGUUGAACUGCUGUGUGGCAGGAUCCUUGAUGAGGCCACUACAACCCAAAAAAACCACCGAUAUAAAAGAUGCACAGUUUUCCACUCUAAAGAAAGAAGAUGGCAAGGAUUUGGGGGAUGGUCUGUCGCAGAAAAAGAAGAAGAAAUUAAGUUUUUUUGCCGUAAUUAAUAAUUAUCUAGAUCUCGCCCUCUUCAAACAUCGGGGAUUUCUGAUCUACUUGUUUGGAAAUGUCAUCAUGUUUUUUGGAUUCUUUGCUCCAAUUGUUUUCUUGGCUUCUUAUGCCAAGCACAUGGGCAUAGACGAGUAUUCUGCAGCAUUCCUGCUUUCCAUUUUUGCUUUUGUAGAUAUGUGUGCAAGACCCAGCAUGGGCCUGGUUGCAAACUCCAAAUGGGUGAGGCCAAAGAUCCAAUAUUUCUUCAGCUUUGCUGUCUUCUACAAUGGUUUCUGCCAUGUCAUGUGCUCAUUGACAAAUGACUUUACAGGCCUAGUUGUCUAUACCAUCUUCUUUGGCUUUGCCUUUGGAAUGGUGAGUGCUGUUCUCUUCGAAACGCUGAUGGACCUAGUUGGUGCCAAAAGGUUCUCAAGUGCAGUAGGACUCGUCACUGUUGUAGAGUGUUGUCCAGUACUUCUGGGGCCACCGCUGGCAGGUAAGAUUCAUGCCCUCUGA